CCUGCAUCUUUCUCCCUUCCUCAUCGAUGCACUACCUCCUGUAUAGCAGCGACUCAAGCGCUCAAUGCCCUCCAACAGGAAAUGCUGUCUUCCAACACGACAUAGACGCGGUGGUCUAUCUGUCCGGGUCAUAAACACUACCUACCUCAUGGCGAGCAUCAAUGUCAUAGCCUCAUCAGGCCUUUCAAGCAGACGAAUCGACCCCCGUUCUCCUACUUAUUGAAUAGAAGGG